UCUCGCCCCCUCCCCUUUCCCUUCCCUUCCUUCUUCCCUUUGCAAUAUUAGCCGCGGAGAUCUCCGGAGUUUCUUGCGCGCGUGUGGAAGGUCACAGGUUGUUUGUCUUGGAGGAAGCUAAGAGGAAUUCAUUUUGAAAUAAACAAGAUUACUGAUAUCAACAAUGUCAUCUCGACCAUUUGAAAGUCCUCCUCCAUACAGGCCAGAUGAAUUCAAGCCAUCUCAUUAUGCACCCAGCAAUGACUUGUACAAUGGAGAGAUGAAUGUUCGACCAAUGCUUUCUCAGCCAGCCUACUCUUACUAUCCAGAGGAUGAAAUACUUCAUUUUUACAAGUGGACUUCCCCUCCAGGAGUGAUAAGGAUUUUGUCCGUGAUCAUAAUUGUGAUGUGCAUUGCCAUCUUUGCCUGUGUGGCUUCCACACUUGCCUGGGACAGUGGCUACGGAAGCCCCUUUCUGGGAGGUGGUAUGGGCUACCCUUAUGGAGGAAGUAGUGGCUUUGGAAGCUUUGGUAGUGCCUAUGGAUAUGGCUACAACUAUGGUUAUGGAGGAACUUACACUGACCCAAGGGCUGCAAAAGGCUUCUUACUGGCUAUGACGGCAUUCUCAUUCAUUGCUUCAUUGGUGAUUUUUGUGACCAGUGUUAUGAGAUCAGGAAUAUCCAGAUCAAGAACAUAUUUCUUAGUGGUGAUCAUCAUCAGCGCCAUCCUAGGCAUUAUGGUAUUCAUUGCUACCAUUGUCUACAUAAUGGGAGUCAAUCCAACAGCACAAGCUUCUGGGUCAAUGUACGCAGCUCAGAUAUAUGCUCUCUGCAAUCAGUAUUAUUCACCUACAACAACUGGACUCUAUGUGGAUCAAUAUCUCUAUCACUUCUGUGUGGUGGAUCCCCAAGAGGCCAUUGCUAUUGUGCUGGGGUUUCUGGUUAUUGCAGCUUUUGCUUUAAUAAUAUUCUUUGCUGUGAAAACCCGAAGUAAGAUGGGGAGAUAUGACAAAUCCAAUAUUUUAUGGGACAAGGAAAAUGUCUAUGAAGAGCAGCCUCCUAAUGUAGAGGAAUGGGUGAAGAAUGUAUCUGCAGAUGCACAAGAAGUACCCCCAGCUCCCUCUGAUUAUGUGGAUAGAGUUGACAGUUCCAUGGCAUAUUCCUCUUAUGGCAGAAUGAAUGACAAACGGCCGUAUCCAGACUCUUCAUACAAAUCAACACCACCGAUACCAGAAGUGGUUAAAGUGCUUCCAGUGACUUCACCUGUGGAUGAUUUCAGGCAACCUCGGUAUAGCAGCAAUGGUAACUUAGUGAUGUCUACAAAGAAACCUUAUGGGAAAGGAAGGACGUCAAGAAGAGCUGAUCAGGAGUAUUAUGAAACCGACUAUACCACUGGCGGGGAAUCUUGUGAAGAACUGGAUGAGGACUGGGACAGGGAAUAUCCUCCGAUAACUUCAGACCAACAGAGACAGCUUUAUAAGAAGAAUUUUGACACUGGCUUACAGGAAUACAAGAGUUUACAAGCAGAAAUAGAUGAAAUCAACAAAGAGCUCUCCCGCCUGGAUAAAGAGCUAGAUGACUAUCGAGAAGAAAGUGAGGAAUACAUGGCUGCUGCCGAUGAAUAUAAUCGACUAAAGGAAGUGAAAGCGUCUGCAGAUUACAAGAAUAAGAAGAAAUAUUGCAAGCAGCUGAAAAGCAAAUUGUCUCAUAUCAAAAAGAUGGUUGCAAAUUACGAUAGACAAAAAACAUAAUUGGUGACUAGAAAUUUUGAGAAACUUUGGACUGUAUACUUGCCUUUUCUGCAAAUGACUUAACCAAUGUUAUCUGAAGACAAAAUAUCUCUAGUGUUAUAAUCAAUGAGAGGAAUAUCUCUUUGUGGCCUUUAUAGAGUUUUGGUAGCUACAGCUAAGUCAAUUCAAUGGCAUCAGUGUUGAUACCUUAUAAUGCUUUUUGGUAAUUUAGCUUUUCUGACAUUAAGGAUUUUAGUCUUUUAAAUUUGGGUACUUCAAAACUAUGUUUUGAAGCAUUAAACCUUAAUGACUACUUCAUAUGUCACCAGUGCUAUGACUUUUACACUCCAGUGUCCUUUGUCUUCUCAACUGACCGUGUAACCUCAUACAAAAGCUCUCUCUGAAAUAGAGUUGCUAUUGUUCUAGUUCAUACUUUAGGUAAACUCCAUAUAGAGACUCUGAAUAUAUUAAAAAUGAAGUUCUUUUCCUUAAAUAUAGGCCUGUCUACUCUGUAUGCUGCAUUCUAAAUCACAGCCCCACUGAUUUCUUCUGAAUGGCUUGAAAAUUGUUUAUAAGUAAACAAAUUUUCUGAGCUGAUGCUACCUUACCAAAAUCAUGCAAAAUUUAUCAAGUGUAUGAAAUUUUAAAAAUGUAUAUAUUUUACUUUUUUAAUCAGGGCAUUUAGACUCAUAAUGAUGUAGGUUAGAAGUUUUGUCAUGUAUUUUUGAAUGACUGUUGUUCACCUGUGAUGGUUUACAAGUUUUUUUUUUUUUUUGUUUUUUUUUUUUUUAAACAAUUAGAUGGUCUGUAUAAUAAAACAUAAAUUUACUUUUGUAAUACAGUUAUAACUUGAACUAUAUAUUACUGGAACUUUUAAGCCCUUUACAUAGUUUUAUUGAUGAAUCUACCUGGUUAAUUAAUGGCACACUUUUUUUUGAAUUAUGUAAAUAUUGACCAUUAAUGGAAAAAAAUUACAGUGGAAGUAAUUCUGAUGGUAGUGCUAUGAAGUGGUUUAUUCACAUUGUGUUGGUCAUUAGGUUGUUUUUAGAUAUGGCAACAUGAUAUUUCACGUAAUAUAAAUUUCCAGUGACGUUCAGAUUAAGUGUGUUACAUUUGUUAAGUUAUGAGUAGUCAAAAUAAAUUUAGCUCACCUGGUGCUGACUGCUGUUUGUCUUACCAUUAGAAAUGCUUUCAUAAAAAGCUAUGUUAUGCUUUUAUAAAACUGUUCUUAAGACUGUUAAGUAUUCAGCUUUAAUCUAGUAAUAGAAUUUUAAGUGCAUUCAAGAAAGUUACCAAGUAUGACUUAAUAAUGAUAAUGAUGAAGUAUCAAUUCCAAAGAUAUAAGUCAUUGGAAAAAGGAUGAAUGUAUCCUGUUAUAUUGUUAUUGAAUUAAUUUCUUCAAAUUGAAGAAAUUUAUAUUUUUUUGUGUGCUGUAUACAUGAAAGAGCUUAGUCUAUUAACCUCAAAGAACAGGUUAUUCAUACCUUAAACUUUACUAAUUAAAAGGAAUUACUGUAUUGGA